GCAUCAGGGACAAUAUCUCAGCAGAAUCCCCGCUGGGGGUGUACGGGAUCCCUCCAAGAGAAAUGACAGCCGAUGGGGAGACCGUGGAAGACCCGAUCCUCACCCCUUUUGACCCCUUCCUGGUCAAACUCGAGGAAAAAGCAAAACUCCGCAAAGGCCUGACAUGGAGGGCAUGGAACACGAUCACAGUGCUCCCAUACAAGGUGUUGAACGGGCGAUUCAGCACGACCGAUAUCAUCGCUGAUUCGCUGGCUGAUAUCGUCAGAACCCAUCUCCUGACUUCGAAGACCUCACUGCAAGAUGAGGCUACCCCCAUAGAGGUGGACACGGGAAGGGAAGAAGAAGAGAUGGAGAGCGAAGACGAAGAGGAAGAGGGAAUGGUCUUGGGUGACAAGAUAUCCCCAGGGGGAGCCGGGGAAAGCAAGCCAUUCAUAGUGACCACUGACACAAGCCAAUACGGCAUUGGCGCAGUGCUGGCUCAGCAGGAUGGGAAGAAGUUGAGGCCGAUUGAGUACAUGAGCAAGAAAAUGCCAUCAAAGAAACUGGCAAAGUCAACCUAUGAAAGGGAACUCUAUGCUCUCUACAAAGCACUUGUUCAUUGGAGGCACUUUCUAUUGGGAAGGUUCUUCUAUUUGAGAACCGACCAUCAGACCCUCAAAUGGAUCAAGACUCAACCGGCUCUCUCUGAUGCACUCAAGCGAUGGAUUGAGAUCAUGGAUCAGUAUGACUUCAAGCUAGAGUAUCUGAAGGGAGAGCACAACAAGGUUGCAGAUGCGUUGUCACGUAGAGCAGACUACCUAGGCGCGCUAGUUUCUGACUUUGGUGUAUCUGAGGAACUAACUCAAUCGCUGGUGGGAGCCUAUCAGGAAGACCCUCUCACGAUGGACAUCAUACGCAAACUUCAGGCAAAAGACAAGGCCACAGAAAAUGAGUUUGUGAUGCUGGACGGGCUUCUCUUUCUCGAUAAGGCCGGAUUUAAGAGAUUAGUUGUACCAUCUAGUGAACGCUUGCGUAGUUUAUUCUUAGGAGAAUGUCAUGACACAACCGGACACUUUGGCUACAAAAAGACGAGUGUCAAUCUAGUACAACGAUUUUGGUGGCCUGGAAUGCUAGAUGACGCAAAGAAGUAUGUAGAGACCUGUCAGGUCUGUCAGCGGGAUAAGCCGCGAACUCAAGCACCGCUUGGGUUGCUGAAGCCCUUACCUAUCCCCGCUGGUCCAGGACAGAGUGUUUCCAUGGACUUCAUGAACACCCUGGUGACCCGUAGGAGUGGCAAGAGGCACAUCUUUGUCAUCAUUGAUCGAUUCACCAAAUAUGCUAGACUAAUUGCCAUGCCAGAGACCGCAAGGACUGACCACGUCAUCAAGUUGUUUAUGGACAACUGGUUAUCAGGAACGCUUGCAGCAGCCAUCAAGAUCGCGGACUCCCAGCUGCAACAGAUGGACACCCGCAUUGCUGCUUUGGAGGCAAGGCCUUCUCAAGCAGUGCCAGGCUGCACGACAGACACGGUGAAACAGCUCGGCGAGCGCAUCGACCAUGUAGUCAAUCUAAUCGGCGAACUAGGUGAUUUCACUAGUCCGGCCACGAUCAGCAGUACGGUGGCCGCCAUCAAGACGGACAUCACCAAACUGCAGACAAGACCGGACGCCGCUACAAGGACAUACAAGAUGCCGCACUUCAACAUCAACAAGUUUGACGACUACAACAAGACGGACGCCUUGACAUGGUGGCAAAGCUUCCUCACGGAAGCAUCCUGCCGCACUGUCCCGGCUGAAGACAUGAUGAAGGCGCUCUACCUCCAACUGAUUGGAGGAGCACAGACAUGGAUGAACCAUCUUGCGGCCACAAAGAAACGCACCAUCGCCAAACUCCACACACACAUUCCGUGGAAGGAGUUCGAGCAACUGUGGUUCACUCGAUUCAUGGUCCGCAACGUUGUAAAGGCGGCCAUGAACGAGGUCUACACCAGCCCACAAGGAAGCAUGCCAACUCGAGACUGGACGAUCAAGUGGUAGAAGAUAGUGACCACGCCAGGUUUCGAUUUGAGUUUUCCAAAUCAACGAUCCGAGUUCUU